AUGUGUGGAUACCUGUCCUGUGCCACUCUCUCCAGUAGUGGCUCCAGUCAGCCACUGUGGCACCCGCUGUGUGAGUCCAUGAAGACCAGUGGCCCCCCCCCACAGCUCUGGCUGCACCCAGAGGGCGACGACUUGCCACGCCCAGAUGCCACGUCCUGCGGACCAGACGCACCCCUUCCAGCCAAGACACAUACUCACUCUGCACACUCUUCAGGUGACCUACAGAUAGGAGAGGCAGAGUCAGGGUCAGAUAAGAUAAGGGAUGCAGGGUCAGGUUCAGGUGACCUAGAGAUAAGGGAUGUAGGUUCAGGUGACCUAGAGGUAAGGGAUGUAGGUUCAGGUGACCUAGAGGUAAGGGAUGUAGGGUCAGGUUCAGCUGACCUAGAGGUAAGGGAUGUAGGGUCAGGUUCAGGUGACCUAGAGAUAAGGGAUGUAGGUUCAGGUGACCUAGAGGUAAGGGAUGUAGGGUCAGGUUCAGGUGACCUAGAGAUAAGGGAUGUAGGUUCAGGUGACCUAGAGGUAAGGGAUGUAGGGUCAGGUGACCUAGAGAUAAGGGAUGUAGGUUCAGGUGACCUAGAGUUAAGGGAUGUAGGGUCAGGUUCAGGUGACCUAGAGAUAAGGGAUGUAGGUUCAGGUGACCUAGAGGUAAGGGAUGUAGGGUCAGGUUCAGGUGACCUAGAGAUAAGGGAUGUAGGUUCAGGUGACCUAGAGGUAAGGGAUGUAGGUUCAGGUGACCUAGAGGUAAGGGAUGUAGGUUCAGGUGACCUAGAGGUAAGGGAUGUAGGGUCAGGUUCAGGUGACCUAGAGGUAAGGGAUGUAGGGUCAGGUUCAGGUGACCUAGAGAUAAGGGAUGUAGGUUCAGGUGACCUAGAGAUAAGGGAUGUAGGGUCAGGUUCAGGUGACCUAGAGAUAAGGGAUGUAGGGUCAGGUUCAGGUGACCUAGAGAUAAGGGAUGUAGGGUCAGGUUCAGGUGACCUAGAGGUAAGGGAUGUAGGGUCAGGUUCAGGUGACCUAGAGGUAAGGGAUGUAGGGUCAGGUUCAGGUGACCUAGAGAUAAGGGAUGUAGGUUCAGGUGACCUAGAGGUAAGGGAUGUAGGGUCAGGUUCAGGUGACCUAGAGAUAAGGGAUGUAGGUUCAGGUGACCUAGAGAUAAGGGAUGUAGGGUCAGGUUCAGGUGACCUAGAGAUAAGGGAUGUAGGUUCAGGUGACCAAGAGAUAAGGGAUGUAGGUUCAGCUGACCUAGAGAUAAGGGAUGUAGGUUCAGGUGACCUAGAGUUAAGGGAUGUAGGGUCAGGUUCAGGUGACCUAGAGAUAAGGGAUGUAGGUUCAGGUGACCUAGAGGUAAGGGAUGUAGGGUCAGGUUCAGGUGACCUAGAGAUAAGGGAUGUAGGUUCAGGUGACCUAGAGGUAAGGGAUGUAGGGUCGGUCAGGUGA